UUGGCAGUCCUCGAGGUGAUUUCUCGGAUUCUUCCCUUUCUGCGGAUGGUACUUUUUUAUCUCCCGCCCUCGAUGCACCAUCUUCGCAGGACACGCAAUCUUCAGAAAACGUUGGACGGUCAAAGACAAUGCCUGCAGGGUUACCAUUGCCCAACGUGAAUGCACUAAAGGGACCAGAAUCCAAGGCAGGAUCACUGCCCCCGAAUACACAAGAGAAAUCAAAAUUCUCAGAUGCAAGUGGGGGUGCAGCUGGAAACAAGGCAAAGCAAAGUGACGUGGAGACGGACGAUCCUUCCAGUUCGUUUGCUAACACCGGCGACCAAACAGUAGAAAAAACGCUAUUAUUGCCACAAACACCGGCAGUACUACUGCCAGUUCCAUCAGCAGAACUAUCCCCAGAAGUGCCACCAGUAACUCCUGUGCAGGCAAAUCCGGACGGAGAAGGAAGCCUACCAACAGCACCAAGAGCCUCAGAGGCCUCACAAAGAGAACUGCAGAACAAGGCAUCGUCACCCAACAAAACGGGGUCCGAAUCACCGGACCGUCCUUCAAGGGAUAGUAUGCAGAAGCAAAAAGAUAAAGUCACAACGCAAUUGAAUACGACGAAAAAAGCAUCUGCCGGUGGUUUAGCGGAAAAAACAGCAACAUUCAUCUCUGCAAAUGGAAAUGGCGAUGUCCAGAAUAAGGAGGAUGAGGAUGAUGCUCGGCAGCCCAAACCCAACAGAGUGCAGGACGACGCCGAAGCUGGCAACACCAACGUCGCUCCUACAGUCAGUGAGGCAGCACCUCAAACAGUAGAAACAGUCACCACUCAAAAAAAUGAUACGAAGACAAAGAUUGCCGACAGUGACGGCAGCACCGCGGUGUCGCACACCACCUCCCCUCUUUUGCUUCUUCUUGUUGCGUGUGCGGCUGCUGCUGCGGUGGUGGCCGCGUGA